UCUCCACACAUUUCGCCUUCAUAAUUUUUUUACAUCCACGAGAAAAAGCCCUAUUCUGACUUCCUCCACAGCGACGCCCACCGUUUUCUUCCCGAAUCUCUCUCUUCUCACUUCUCACUUCUCAUCUCACUCAUCUUUGUUCUUCACAGUUCUUGAUCUUUGUUCUCUUUUCGGAAAGGCGAUCGAUCGAAAUGGCAGCAGCGCGGACGGCGGCGAGGAUUGUUUCUCGAAGGUUCUCGAGCAGCGGCAAGAUACUUAGCGAGGAAGAGAAGGCUGCCGAGAAUGUCUACAUCAAGAAAACUGAACAAGAGAAACUGGAGAAGCUUGCACGCAAGGGACCUAAACCAGAAGAAAAGCCGGGAGGUUCAGCGGCUGAUUCCAUUCCAAGUGGCUCAGCCUCAGCAUCAGCAUCAGGAGCAUCAGCAGAGAAGAUAUCUACUGACAAACACCGCAAUUACGCUGUUGUAGCGGGAACUGUGACUAUUCUUGGUGCAGUUGGCUGGUAUCUCAAAUCUAAAAAGAAGCCAGAAGAAGUCCAGGACUGAGAUAGCAAACAGCAUGUUGUUUUUCAUCUCAUCAGCGUCUGAAGGAAGAGGAGGAGGUGAGUGUUCUUCUUUCUUCUGCUGAAUAAACCUUUAAUCGAGUGCAUAUGGCUCUUGGUUAACGAAAACAUUCUGUUUAGAUUUACGUUUCUCUCUGGAAAUGGUUCUCUUCAACCUUAUUUCAUUUCCUGGAAAUUGACAGUGAGAGACUGCAUGGGUGCAUGCUUUGUGACCAAGAUUUGGUUUAAUUGGGUUUCAAUUUCACAUUCUCUCCAAUAAAUAUUGAGUAAAUAGAAACUCCAAUUUGAUUGAUGACUUUA